AUGCCAUUCCAGAGGAUGCUGCUUCAACUCAUCUAUUCCUGGGGUCAAAUGGUGCUUCUACCCCAAUGA